GUAUUCCUGGUUGUGUGUGUGUGUGUGUGUGUGCUUGUAUCCCUGUGUUUGUGUGUGUGUGUGUGUGUGUGUUUUUGUGUGCACUUGUAUCCAUUUGUGUGUGUUUGUGUGUUAUUUUUAAUUGUCCAUUACAGAUUGUCGUCAUGGGAAUGGUGGGUCUCGCCGAGCAGGAAAUAUGUCUGUGAACCUUAAUAACUUGUGAAAAGACAAGGGGGCAAUAGAAAACGGAUGAAUGGGGAUUGGUCGAUUCAGCGAGAAGCAUAUUGCACUUGGCCUACCGUGUGACACUCAACAAUAACAUCACUCACUGGGAUCUAGGCCUAGCCCUACACACAGACAGCUUAUAUUACAUUGCUGGUCAUGAACUCUAGACCAUGUUUUCACUUCAACAAGACAAAAUAUCUUGAUGUGUUACUAUAUAAUAAUAAUAAUACAUAACAUAAUAAUAUAGUAUAAUUAUUACAUAAUAAUACAAUUUACAUCACGACCUAGGGCCUAUUUCAAUAAAUGAACACAUUGAGGCACGUUCAAACCUUCGGUUAAAAGGGAUAUGAUCAUCAUAAUGUCCCCUUAAACACGGCCGUUUGGUGCGCUAUGACAUGCCUACUACCUCACUCCCCAACCCGAUACAAACACAGCAUCAUCUCUCUCUCUCUCUCCCUCUCUCCUCCUACCGCUCUCCCUUCCCCGUUUCGCUCGCUCUCUCUCUCCAUCACUCUCUCUCUUCCUCUCCGAUGUUUUCGGACGUCUGGAUAGGCUGCGAUGGUUCUCCUUUAACGCGGCGCUGAUUGGAUAGCUACGCUGUCAUCUGCGGCGCACAUACACACACACGGUCUCCUCCACGCUCCACACUUGAGACGAGAAAAGCGAGCGCAGAGCGGGAGCCUGCCUGCACAGUGCACACAGUCAGUCAGUCAUUCAGUCAGUGAGUGAGUGUCGGACACACCGGAAGCGGGACGCAAGUUGGGAUCCAGACGUGCGUUGGUUUCCGACUACGGGUAAACUCUUUCGGGACCAGUGGUGCAAGGAUAGCCCCUCCUGAAAAAAAAGCGGAUUCCAGAUGCAUUCUGAGAUCGCCAUGGGCCCUCCCCUCCACGGAACGAAUCGCACCACGGCGCCAUGGGUUCGAUAGGAAGUCCCGGUGCCACCGCCGCUGCUAACGCCGCUCUCCAGUCGGACCCCGAGGCCCCCUGCGCGCGCCCCGUCCGCCAUUGAUGUGAGACUCCCUCGCGGAGGCAGCCUCCAGCUGCGCCACGUAGGACGACCCCAUGGCGGCCUGGCACCUGCAUUCCCUGCGCUGUCGCCCGUGGUAACGCCUCCGCCAAGUGACCCCGCCCCCCCCCCACCACCGCGUGUGCAAUGCCGUCGAAGGUGUCCUGCCUCUACCUGCUCACAGUGGUGUGCUGGGCCAGCGCCCUGUGGUACCUGAGCAUCACGCGGCCCUCCUCGUCCUACAUGGGAGGGCUCAGCCUCCCCCUGCGGCAGUCGGGAAAGCAGGGGAAGAACGGCACGCUGGGCAACAUGCGCACGCGCUCCCUCAACCCGCACGACUUUGACUAUCUCAUCAACGAGGACCGCAAGUGCGAGGCCGAGGUUCCCUUCCUGGUCAUCCUGAUCAGCACCACGCACAAGGAGUUUGACGCGCGCCAGGCCAUCCGUGAGACGUGGGGCGACGAGAGCGCCUUCGCCGACAUGCGCAUCGUGACGCUCUUCCUGCUGGGCCGCAACGCCGACGCCGUGCUCAACCAGAUGGUGGAGCAGGAGAGCCAGAUCUUCCACGACAUCGUGGUGGAGGACUUUGUGGACUCGUACCACAACCUGACGCUCAAGACCAUGAUGGGCAUGCGCUGGGUGGCCACCUUCUGCGCCAAGGCCCAGUACGUGCUGAAGACGGACAGCGACAUCUUCGUCAACAUGGAGAACCUCAUCUUCAACCUGCUGAAGCCCGCCACUAAGCCCAGGCGGAGGUACUUCACGGGCUACGUUAUCAACGGCGGGCCCAUCCGGGACAUGCGCAGCAAGUGGUACAUGCCCCGGGACCUGUACCCGGACAGCAAGUACCCGCCGUUCUGCUCGGGCACGGGCUACGUGUUCUCGGCCGACGUGGCGGAGCUGGUGUACAACACCUCGCAGCACACGCGGCUGUUGCACCUGGAGGACGUGUACGUAGGCGUGUGCCUGCGCAAGCUGGGCAUCCACCCCUUCCAGAACAGCGGUUUCAACCACUGGAAGAUGGCGUACAGCUUGUGCCGCUACCGCCGCAUCGUCACCGUCCACCAGAUCUCCCCUGAGGAGAUGCACCGCAUCUGGAACGACAUGACCAGCAAGAAGCACCUGAAGUGUUAACAGAGCCUGCUGAACCACCAGCUGCUGGUGGGAGGCCGGAAACAUUUCAGGAGCUGCUUUUGUGUUUUUCUAUGGUGGGCGACUGCGUAUACUUUGUGAAAGACUGGACGAAGCAGAGUAAUUCGUAUUGGCAAGCUAUCCAGGGCCAUUGUCCACGCACUGAUUGCCUUCCCCGCUUCUGAACAGCGGCCAAAGCAAUUCUCCUCUGUAUAAUUCUUUAUGUUGGGUCACUGGGGUGUUGACAGAUUCCUCUAGGCUUACAGACUGGUGUAUUAGGCAGAAUGAGGGGGGGGGAAAUGCCCUAUCGCAUUAAGUGAACAACUUAAAGGGAAAUUACUUCAAUCAAGUCAGGUGAAGGACUGUCAUACUUUAAAUUAAAUUUCCCCACUAGCCGUUUCGCACCAUGCGAUAUUAGAUUGGGUUACAUACAGGGCCAGCAAUAGAAGAAUUAAGAAAGUUGAUUCUGCACAUUUCGAUUGAGCAAAAAGAACGGUUCAAUAUGAAUGAACCGUUCAGUGAAUGCCCUUUCAUCACAAUGGUCGUAUGUUGGGCUGAACAAUGCAAUGUGUAUCAGUUGGCCUUUUCAUCGACGGUGUUACAUAAGAGGAUCACCAAGUGUUCAAAGGGUAAUGGUUUUACAGCAAUCAGAUCCUAGCAUGUGACACAAAUGUGCCACGUAGCGUUUUCCCAUUACCGCAAAGUCGAAACGCCUUGAAGGGACCCAACAGUGGCCGUCAGUUGUAAUAAAUGUUGUUUUCAGAAGCAGACCUAUUUUCUUAUGGAUCCGGAGUUCUUUCUAUUAUACACGGAGGAAAGCGAGAAGAAGUAAAAGAAAAAAAAGAAGAAGAAGAAACACAAAAAAAACAUCUGCUUUCUCCGUUUAGCGGCAGUGUUUGCUGCUUCCGCGGGUAUCUAAACGGUGAGGGGAGGAAGCGGCUGUUGCGCAUUCCCAAGUGGAAGUUCAUUCUCUGUCAGUGUGUGAUGUGUUGUGAUUUCUCUCAGGCACUGCUGUGGGCAGCCUGUGGGAGAAUCUAUUUUCUAAUACUUGAACAUGAACGACAAUAGAUGUCAGGGCGGUGAUGCAGUACACCGGGCGAUAACCAACGUGUAUUUGACCGCUUUUUCUUCUUUUUCAUUUCAGAAUAAAAAAGUACCUGAACAAAGAAAA